CCUUCACCACCUUCAUUCUUAUUGCUUGCCUUCUUUAAUGGAGACCAAGGACCUCACCCAAGAUGGCACUGUGGAUCUUCGUGGCCACCCUGUUCUUGCCUCCAACACUGGCAAAUGGAAAGCUUGUGCUUUUCUUGUAGGAUAUGAAGCGUUUGAAAGGAUGGCGUUUUAUGGUAUAGCUUCGAAUUUGGUGAAUUAUUUGACAACUCAACUUCACGAAGACACUGUCUCGUCGGUUAGAAAUGUCAAUAACUGGUCAGGAUGCGUAUGGCUUACUCCCAUCUUUGGCGCUUACAUUGCUGAUUCUUUCCUCGGUCGCUUUUGGACUUUCACCUUCUCAUCUCUCAUCUACGUCAUGGGAAUGGUGUUUCUAACAAUGGCAGUGUCAGUAAAGAGCUUAAAACCAAGGUGCAACAAUGGGAUAUGCAGCAAAGCCACAGCAUCACAAGUAGCCUUCUUCUACAUAUCUCUGUACACCAUAGCGGUCGGGUCGGGAGGCACGAAACCGAACAUCUCUACCUUUGGCGCGGACCAAUUCGACGACUUCAAUCCAGUGGAGAAGCAGAUGAAAGUAUCGUUCUUCAAUUGGUGGAUGUUCAGCUCAUUCUUGGGCGCUCUCUUUGCCACACUCGGCCUUGUCUACAUCCAAGACAACCUUGGGUGGGGCCUCGGCUAUGGGAUUCCCACCGUCGGCCUUCUCUUUUCUCUGCUCAUCUUCUACUUCGGAACUCCCCUUUACAGGCACAAGGUUACCAAAUCUCGCACCCUGGCUCGGGACUUCAUUCAGGUCCCCAUCACCGCCUUUCGGAACCGGAACCUCCAGCUUCCGCCAACCUCCGCUGAGCUUUAUGAGCUGGAAUUGCACACUUACUCCCGUAACGCCGCCGCCGCCGGAGGAAGAAGGCAGGUCGAGCAUACUCCCAUUUUCAGAUUCUUGGACAGAGCUGCAAUCAAAGAUGACACAAAUUCGUCAAGUCGGAAAUGUACGGUGACUCAAGUGGAAGGGACCAAGCAGGUGUUAGGCAUGAUCAUAAUCUGGUUAGCCACCCUUGUCCCAAGCACCAUUUGGGCUCAAAUCAACACCCUCUUUGUCAAACAAGGCACCACCUUAAACCGAACUCUUUCCCAUGGCUUCCAAAUCCCAGCAGCCUCCCUUGGCAGCUUUGUCACGCUCUCCAUGCUCAUCUCGGUUCCGAUAUACGAUCACUACUUCGUCCCGUUCAUGCGUCGAAAAACCGGAAACACUAGAGGAAUCACUCUACUCCAAAGGCUAGGCAUCGGUUUCGUCAUCCAAAUCAUAGCCAUUGCAAUUGCGUACGCGGUCGAGGUUCGAAGAAUGCACGUAAUCCAAACCAACCAUAUUGUGCAUCCUAAACAAGUAGUCCCCAUGAGCAUCCUCUGGCUAUUGCCACAAUACAUCCUCCUUGGCAUUGCGGACGUUUUCAACGCAAUCGGGUUGCUCGAGUUCUUCUACGACCAAUCCCCGGAACACAUGCAAAGCCUUGGAACUACAUUCUUCACAAGUGGGAUCGGAGUCGGGAACUUCCUCAACAGUUUUCUGGUCACGGUGGUCGAUAAAAUCACGGGAGAAAACGGGGGCAAGAGCUGGAUUGGGAACAACUUGAAUGAGUCUCAUUUGGAUUACUACUAUGGGUUUCUUUUGGUGAUAUCUACGGUGAAUUUGGGAGUGUUUGUUUGGGUGUCAAGUAGGUAUAUUUACAAGAAGGAAGCCAUUGAAGUUAAGGAUGGCAUUGAAACCAAAGGCUUGGAUACUUCCCCUCUUGGGCUACAAGUUUGAUGGGAUUGAUAUCCAUAUUCAAGAUCAUCAGCUCAGCUAUAAUUCCAAGAACUAUAGUUGAUGCUUUCUAC